AUGAACGGGCCUAAUGGAGUCAAUGGACUGACUGGUCUGCCAGACACGGUGGGCGUCAACUUAUACUGGAACUACUGGCCUAUGGAGAUGGCAGACCUUUUGGAAAGAAUCAGAAACUUCAAACACUAUCUGCCGCGUGGAGACCAUUUCAAUUCAUCUUAUAGCAUAUGGCUGCACACAUUCGGAGUGCCACCACCGGUGCCCAAGAGUCAGGUGCGGAGCGCUCUGCCCGCGCCAGAGCACGAUUCUCCGUCCAUGGAACAACUCUUCUACAGGGAACACUUCGCGACGGCACGACGGACGCAGGCUGAAACGAGCGAGUUCCGAAGCAAGAACAACGUCACCGUCAGAGGACGAGCAGUUCCGACGCCCAUUUUGCAACUUUACGAAGCCAACUUGCCGGAAUGCGUCGCCGAAGCUGCCGCCUGCGCUCUCAAACACGGCCCUCUCACCGCCUUGCAGUCGCAGUGCUGGCCCGUGGCACUUCGCGGCAGGGACCUCCUCGCGAUCUCACACAACCGGGCUCAAGCGAACGAGCAGGCCUACCUUGUACCAGCCAUCGUCCGCGCUGUGCACCAGCCAUCUACUGGCAAUGGUCUUGUUACGCUCAUACUCGUUCCGACCCUCGAGGUGGCGGAGAAAAUUCAACGUCUGGUUGCGGACUUGGAGAUGUACACCGGUGUUCGUUCCGUGUGCCUGUGCUCGGGUGAUUGGAAGGAAAGACAGCUGAAGAUACUUAAGAAGGCGAGUUACGGGAUGUGGAUCGCGACGCCUAGCCGUUUGCUAUCGUUCUUGAAGGAAGGGAAGGUGAAAAUUAGCGGCUGUACACUUCUAGUGCUGGAUGAAGCUGACCGCAUGUUGGCGAUGGGCUUCGAGAAAACGCUUCGCUCCAUCGCUGCCGUCGUCCGACCUGAUCGCCAGACGCUCGUAUUGGCAAACUCUGCAUCGAGGGAGGUUGGAGACCUUGCCGAUUUCUUGCUCAGAGACCACGUCCAGGUUACCAUCGGAUACAGCAAGCUGGCAGAGAACGAGAGGGUCGAGCAGACAGUUAUCGUAUGUGAGAAACCUCGCAAACUGGAUCGGCUCGUCACCUUGUUUGAGGACAUUCUCAAAAAAAAGGAUGACAAGGUCAUCGUCUUCGUCGAGACUAGGUCAAACGUGGAAAAGACCGUGUUUGAACUACAGCUGCGGGGCUGGUCUGUCACCGGCAUCCACGGCGCGAAGACGAGGGACGAGCGACGGCGGGCUAUGGACGCGUUCAAGUCGGGUCUGUCGAGCAUUCUCGUGGUGACCGACGUUGCAGCUCAGCAGGUGGACGUCGGCUGCGUGCGCUACGUCGUCCAUUACGACCGCCCGGCGAACGCAGACGUCUACGUGAACCGCGUGAACUGCGCGUCGCACUGCGACAGAUCGGGAGUGGCGUACGCCUUUCUUGCUCCCGACGAUGCCCGUCACGCGAAAGAGCUCGUCUUUUACCUGCGAGACGCCGGCCAGGAGGUUGAUCCUCACCUAGUCCAAAUCGCCGAGAGGGAAUCGCAUUUUAAGAGGCGCAAAGCAGGACGCUUGUCCCAUUGA